ACCUACUUUGUACAUAGCAUUGUGCUGGGUGCAAGAGAGUCAGCCAUGAAUGAAGAAUUUUUCUGCCCUGAUGCUCACUCAGUAGAAGACAAAGCAAAUUAAAAGAACCCCAGUGCCCCUACAGUGUGAUACAUUCUAUGAUGUUUCUCACAUGGUUAUAGAGGAAGUGAAUUUUAUGCAGAACCAUCUUGAAAUAGAGAAGACUUGUCGAGAAAGUGCUGAAGCUUUGGCAACAAAGUUAAAUAAAGAAAAUAAAGCAUUGAAAAGAAUCAGCAUGUUAUACAUGGCCAAGCUGGGGCCAGAUGUAAUAACUGAGGAGAUUAACAUUGACGAUGAAGAUUCAGCGAUGGACCCAGAGGAUGUUGCCAAGACUUGUGUCUCAGUACAGUGUCAGAAGCAGAUCAAAGAACUUCGAGAUCAAAUUGUAUCUGUUCAGGAGGAAAAGAAGAUAUUAGCCAUCGAACUGGAAAAUCUCAAGAGCAGACUUGUAGAAGUAACAGAAGAAGUAAAUAAAGUUAAACAAGAAAAAGAUGUUUUAAAUUCGGAAGUUCUUGAACAGAGAAAAGUCUUAGAAAAAUGCAAUAGAGUGUCCAUGCUAGCAGUAGAAGAAUAUGAGGAAAUGCAGGUGAACUUGGAGCUGGAGAAGGACCUUCGAAAGAAAGCAGAGUCAUUUGCACAAGAGAUGUUUAUCGAACAGAACAAGCUAAAGAGACAAAGCCACCUUCUACUACAGAGCUCUGCUCCUGACCGGCAGCUUUUGAACGCAUUAGAUGAAAAUGCAAAACUUGUCCAGCUCCUUGAAAAAGAGAGAAUUCAGCAUCAAGAAAAGGUCAAAGAACUAGAAGAGCAGCUACAGAACGAAACUCUCCACAAGGAGAUAAACAGUCUCAAACAGCAACUGGAGCUUCUUGAAGAAGAUAAAAAAGAACUGGAACUGAAAUAUCAGAAUUCUGAGGAGAAAGCUAGAAAUUUAAAGCAUUCUGUUGAUGAGCUCCAGAAGCGGGUGAACCAGUCUGAGAAUUCAGUGCCGCCUCCACCACCUCCUCCCCCACCACCUCCUCCCCCUCCUCCCCCCAAUCCUAUCCGAUCCCUCAUGUCCAUGAUCCGGAAGAGAUCCCACUCCAGCAGCGGUGGUGCCAAGAAAGAAAAGGCAGCUCAACCAGAAACAACUGAAGAAGUCACAGACCUGAAGCGGCAAGCAGUUGAAGAGAUGAUGGACAGAAUUAAAAAGGGAGUUCAUCUCAGGCCGGUUAAUCAGACGGCUAGGCCCAAUGCAAAGCCAGAAUCUGCAAAAGGCUCUGAAAGUGCAGUGAAUGAACUAAAAGGAAUGCUGGGGACACUUAACACAUCCACUAGUUCAAGAAGCUUAAAAUCCCUUCACACUGAAAACAGUGAAACUGAGUUAGAAAGGAUUUUGCGCCGCAGAAAGUUGACAACAGAAGCAGAUAGCAGUAGUCCAACUGGAAUAUUAGCCACCUCAGAGUCCAAAUCCAUGCCUGUGUUGGGUUCUGUAUCCAGUGUAACAAAAACAGCCUUGAACAAGAAAACUCUGGAGGCAGAAUUCAACAGCCCGCCCCCCCCAACACCUGAGCCAGGUGAAGGGUCGUGUAAAUGGGAAGGAUGCUCAAGUUCCAAGGUUACAUUUCAGCCUCCCAGUAACACUGGAUACAGGAAACAAUACAUUGGCAGUGGAAAACAAGCCAAACCAGUUGUAGUUUUAGAUCCUGUUUCCACAUACAAACCCCAAACCAAAGACCAGGUCGCUGAAAAAGAUCCAGCUCAACACAAGGAUGAUGAAGGUGAAACUAAACCAGGAUACAAACAGAAAGUGAGAGAUACCAACAGCUCCAACUGCUGAUCCAUAAACCGAAGGCUGGCGUGUUCGGAAGUCCUUCUGUAAUGAGCACAUGAUUAGUUUUGGUGUAUUGGCAAGGGCUAUAGACACUCUGUUCUUGUCACUGUAUUCAGAAUAUAGGUUCUUUUCUGAUGUCACUUUUGUAAGUAGUUCACCUAUAAAUAUAAGUAAGCUAUUUAGCAAAAUACACAUUCUUUGUAGCUUUUUUCUGUUCAUAGGGAUAAGACUUUUUUCUAAUUACUGUAUUAAAUGUGACUUCUUUUAGAAGAUAACAAAAAAUUCAGAUGUUAUCUUCUUAGGUAAUGUGUGUACCGCUAAUCAAAUGUAAUGAUGAAAGGUUGCAGCACUUGUGUAUAAUUGGAUAAACAGAACUGACUAGCUUAAGGUGAUUUUUUUUUUAAAAAAAAACCCAGAGAAGCUUCUGUUUUGCGUAUCUGAUCUUUUUUUUUUUUUUUUUUUAUGGAGAAACUUCAGUAGCAUGGAACUUGUUAGGCACUGUGGUAUACAAAUUACUUUCUAGGAUAUACUGAGAUAAGCUUAAAAUUUCAGGAGCUAAUGUCAAGCUAGCAGUCCCAUCAAGGCAUCUGGCCCCACUGAAGUGAAGUCGCUCAGUUGUGUCCGACUCUUUGCAACCCCAUGGACUGUAGCCCACCAGGCCCCUCUGUCCA